UCUGCCUCACCUAUUUCCCGUUCCCCGUCCCCGGCUCUCGUCCCGUUCCCCCCGUUCCCGCCUCGCCGCACAGCCCGCGGGCGAUGCGGUGCUCCCGCUGCAGGGCAGGCGGGCCGCGCCUGAGCUCCUCCUGAGCGCUCGCAGCCGUUCCCUGCUGGAGCUGCCUUCCUCCGUCCCGCCAUGGAGCAGCCGUACGGCGGGCAGGCCCUGGCCGGCGGCGGCGCGCUGGGGCCUGUGGAUGUGCCCAGCGCCCGGCUGACUCGGUACAUCGUGCUGCUCUGCUUCGCCAAGGUUUUGAAAGCCGUGGGGCUGUUUGAAUCCUAUGAUCUUCUGAAAGUGGUCCAUCUCGUGCAGUUUAUCUUCGUAGUGCAGCUGGGGUCUGCUUUUUUUAUGGUUUUGUUUCAAAAACCAUUUUCGUCUGGAAAAGUGGUAACCAAGCGUCAGUGGAUCAAAAUUUUUAAGCAUGCUGUUGUUGGAUGUAUCAUUUCACUCUUAUGGUUUUUUGGCCUUACUCUAUGUGGACCACUGAGGACAUUAUUACUGUUUGAGCACAGUGAUGUGGUUGUGCUGUCACUCCUUAGUGUCUUGUUCACAAGCUCAGGUGGAGGACCAGCAAAGACAAGAGGUGCUGCAUUUUUCAUCAUAGCUAUCAUCUGCUUACUACUUUUUGAUAAUGACGACCUCAUGGCUAAAAUAGCAGAACAUCCUGAGGGGCAUCAUGACAGUGCUCUUACUCAUGUUCUGUAUACAAUCAUUGCUUUCCUGGGUGUUGCAGAUCACAAGGGUGGAGUAUUGCUUCUGGUACUGGCAUUAUGCUGCAAGGUUGGUUUUCAUAUGGCAUCCCGAAAACUAUCUGUAGAUGUAGGUGGAGCCAAACGUCUUCAAGCUUUGUCCCACCUUGUUUCCGUCCUUCUGUUGUGCCCAUGGGUUAUUGUUCUCUCUCUGACAACAGAGAGUAAAGUAGAGUCUUGGUCAUCUCUCAUCAUGCCUUUCAUAACAGUCAUCUUCUUUGUUGUGAUCCUGGAUUUCUACGUGGAGUCCAUAUGCUCUGUGAAGAUGGAAGCUUCCACAUGUGCUCGAUAUGGAUCCUUUCUUAUUUUCAUUAGUGCUCUGCUUUUUGGAAACUUUUGGACGCAUCCAAUAACAGACCAGCUUCGAGCUAUGAACAAGCCACCACACCAUGAAAGCACAGAGCAUGUUCUUUCUGGAGGGGUGGUAGUGAGUGCUGUCUUCUUUGUUUUAUCUGCCAAUAUCCUGUCCUCCCCCUCCAGGAAAGGGCAGAAGGGUACCCUUAUUGGCUAUUCCCCUGAAGGCACUCCUCUCUAUAACUUCAUGGGUGAUGCAUUACAGCAAAGCUCCCAGUCAUUGCCUCGGUUUAUUAAGGAGUCACUGAAACAAAUCCUUGAGGAGUAUGAUUCUCGGCAGAUCUUCUAUUUCUUGUGCCUAAAUCUGGCUUUCACUUUUGUGGAGCUUUUUUAUGGAGUAUGGACCAAUAGCCUUGGUCUUAUUUCUGAUGGAUUUCACAUGCUUUUUGAUUGUUCUGCGUUAGUGAUGGGGCUUUUUGCAGCUCUGAUGACAAGGUGGAAAGCAACUCGCAUAUUUUCAUAUGGGUAUGGACGUGUAGAAAUUCUCUCUGGAUUUAUAAAUGGCCUCUUUCUGAUGGUGAUUGCUUUCUUUGUCUUCAUGGAAUCAGUGGCAAGACUGGUAGAUCCUCCAGAUAUAGAUACAAAUAUGCUAACUCCAGUGUCUGUUGGAGGGCUGAUUGUAAACCUUGUUGGUAUCUGCGCCUUCAGCCACGCGCACUCGCACGGCGCUUCUCGGGGAGGCUGUCCCACACAUGAUCACAGCCAUUCUCACCAUGGCCACAGCCACAGCCAUGGGCACGGCCAUUCCCACAGUGACCAUGGCCACAGCCAUGGACAUGCCCAUGGGUCUUCUGGAGGAGGCAUGAACACCAACAUGAGAGGUGUGUUUCUGCAUGUGUUAGCAGACACUCUUGGCAGUGUUGGUGUUAUCGUAUCCACAAUAUUUAUUCAGCAAUUUGGAUGGCUCAUAGCUGAUCCGCUCUGCUCUCUCUUUAUUGCUACAUUGAUUUUUCUUAGUGUUAUCCCUCUAUUGAAAGAUGCCUGUCAAGUGCUUUUAUUGAGGAUACCUCCAGAACAGGAGAAAGAUCUGCAUGCUGCUUUAGAAAAGAUUCAAAAAAUAGAGGGAGUUAUAUCCUACAGAGAUCCUCAUUUUUGGUGUCACUCUGCAACUGUUAUGGCAGGCACAAUACAUGUGCAAGUGGUAUCAGAUGUGAUGGAACAGAGAAUUGUACAGCAGGUCACAGCAAUUCUGAAAGAUGCUGGUGUAAACAACUUAACUGUCCAAGUGGAGAAAGAAGCUUAUUUUCAACACAUGUCUGGACUCAGUGCAGGAUUUCAGGAUGUCCUUGCAAUGACGCAGCAGCUAGAAUCCAUGAAAUACUACAAAGAUGGUACUUACAUCAUGUGAUACAAAUUUGUAUUUGCCAAAGGAGAUGUAAAUGGUCAAGCUAAUUGAAUCCAUAUUUGUAUUUUUGCGGGGAGAUCUUGCACAUACAUGUACAGAAACAAAUGUACUAUAUAUUUGAAUUUUUGUAAGUAUACUAUCUUUGUUAAUUGGAUUGAGAUGCUUUUAUAAAGAAACAAGAAGGACUUGAGUACUUGCUGUAAAUGUGAAAAUAGUUGAAAUCUUAUAUACUAUACUUGGUGUUUAUUAAACAGAAGUCUUGAAACUUGCAGAUGAGCACAGAUGUAUUCCAUACUUUCUCCAAAGUGUGGAACAUCGGUAUUUUAAUUUCUUGUUAGUAGUGGGAAAUAGAAGUAGUUUAUAUUGGAAUGCAAACAAUCAACAGCGCACUACUUUUCUUUCUUUCAAAGAUUGCUUGAAGACUCUUGGAAUGAAAAAACCACUUUAUUAUGGGGAUUAAAAAACAUCAAGUCCUGUGUUUUGCAUAUUUUGUUAGAUAAUAGAAAUAUACAGUUUUUAUAUUAUGUCUCAGCAUACAAAUAUGAUUUCUAUACUUAAUGCACCAGAGCAAAUAUAUGUUACCAUUUUA